AUGUUUAAAACUGGUCCUCUUAGACGUUGCGUCGUGGUUUCGAUAUGGCUACUGGUGUCUGCAGCUGUCAUUGAAGCUUCCGAUCGCGUCCGUUGCCCACCUAAUGAAUUCUAUACACCAUGUGGAGACUCAUGCCAAAGGCUUUGUGCUACUCUUAAUAAGCCCUGUUUAAUCCGACAUAUUAGAUGCCCAGAUGGAUGCUACUGUAAUAAAGGCUACGCUCGUGAUCAAAGCGGCACUUGCAUUCCUAUUGGGGAAUGUAAAAAUUGA